AAAAAAAAUAAUAACGAAACGAAGCGGGUGCGAAUCGCGGGCUAUAAAAGCGAUUCUCAACCUCCGAUUUCAAUCCAGACGCGCACAAGCAAGCGAGUCACAAUAACUGCAAAGCGGCGGAGAAACAAUUAAGUGAAUAACAAAUAAUUAAAGAUUUAAAGAGUUGCCGGCAUCUUGCAUAACUGACAUAAUAAAUCCAAACAAAAUGCAAUCCAUAACCCGACAAACGGUGCGAGCCCUUCCCCAAGUGGGCAAGCAAGUGAGCUAUCUCUCGACGAGCGGAGCCUGGAGGGCAGCAGCAGGAGGUGGCGACAUGGUGGUGGAGAUCAAGGAGCCAAAGACCCGAACCGAAAAGCUGAUGGCCUUCCAGAAGAAGCUGCGUGCCAAAACGCCGCUGGGCAAACUGGACGAGUUCUCGCGCCAUCCCUACCAGGAGAAAGAGCCCCUCAAGCCCUGGCCCAAUCAGACGAAUCCCUACACGGGCGAGAUCGGUGGACCCUCUGGACCGGAGCCCACUCGGUACGGCGACUGGGAGCGCAAAGGUCGUGUCUCCGAUUUCUAGUCCCCAAAGAGUUCCUUAACUAGUACUUAGGCUGUUAUUUAAAUGCUACCAUCUAAGACUUGAAAAAUCAAAAAAACAAAAAUGUAUACUCGUGAAAAACUACUUAUUGAAUAGUGUAAAAAAAUAAAUAUUUUUAAAGUAAAAUAUAA